UAGCAUUCAUUGGUCAUGGUCAUUGGUAAACAUUCAGAUAACGAGAUAGGCAAUCAAAAUGUAUAAAACCUUUGAACACUAAUUGAAUGGCAACUAGUUCACAUGAAGUUGGAAAGUACACGUUCCAAUCAGCAUAGCAAGAAAUUUCCAUUACAAAGUCAACAAUGAGACUCGAGAGAUCUUUGCUGGUUGUUGCGUUGCUCAGCGCAGCAAGUGAAGGUUAUCUACUAUCUCCAUUGAUCUGUUACUACUGUGAAGAUUGCACCUCGUCUGCUGCGGUUAUUCAACCAUGUGGCCUCACAAGUCCCAUUCUGACUACACCGAGUAUUGUUGGAGACAAUUUUCAACAGGCCCCUCAAUAUUCAUCAGAACCUAUUCUCACCCCUCCCCCAGUUGUUGGUGGGGGAGGAAGUGACACAAUCUUCCCUCAGUAUCCAGAUAAUGAUCAGGGAAGUCCUUUACUGACUCCACCGACAAUACCGACUGGGGCAGUGGCACCUGAGUGGAACGACGGCUCGGUUAGUGGAGCAAGCAACAGCGGAGUCCCAGUAUUGACCACCAUUUGGCCUGGAACGACUUCUUGGAAUUGGUGGUCUUCGAAUCGUGCAAAAGUUGAUAGGUAUAUAUGCGUCACGGCGAAAUACACCGUUGGAAAUCGACAAGUGAUCUAUCGUGGAUGCUCACGACAAGGUCGAAGUAACGACGAUAUCUGCAGUGGAAUGAGUAAAGGCAAGUAUCAACAGUGUACGCUUUGCACUUCGCCGCUUUGUAACAAUGGGAAAUGAUCUAAAUAAAUUCAAAAACUAUUA